CUUCUGGGUUCGACAUUGACGCGGCUUCGAUCAUCCUUCUCAUGCCAAAUACCUCAUAGAGCCCUUACAGGCAGCUCAUUACAGCUCGCGACUUCCCAGUUGGCUGGACGCAUCGUCGAGAAUUGGACUUCCCUCGGACAAAUAGCCGCUCGUCCAGAGCUUUUGACCUGGUCCACCUCGCCCUCUCUGUCCUAUUUCAUCAUGCUCUCCAACGCCUUCAGACCCGCAUCUCAGGACAUUGCUCUGGUUGACCCACCGCCAGACUCUAUCUCACGCAUCAAAUUUUCUCCGACCUCGAAUCUUCUCGCCGUAGCGAGCUGGGACAAUGCAGUCCGCUUAUAUCAGGUCGAUCAGCAAGGACAAUCAAUGAUGCAGGGCAAGCUCUCGCACAAUGCCCCCGUGCUAGAUGUGACAUGGACCGAGAAUGGAUCACAUCUUUGUGCGGCAGGCUGUGACAACAUGGCAACACUGUAUGACGCUCAGACGGGAACCCCGCAGCAAGUUGCUCAGCAUGAUGCGCCGAUAAAAUGUGUGGAGUUCGUCAAUGCAAAAGGGACAAAUGUGCUGGCAACAGCUGGAUGGGACAACAAGCUGAAGUACUGGGACAUCCGACAGGGUCAGACACCAGCUAUGACGAUAGAUUUAGGGGAUAGGGCAUACAGCAUGGAUGCUACGAAGGAAUUGAUGGUGGUUGCCACAGCGAAUAGGAGACUGAAGAUCAUCUAUCCUGAUGAGCGUCCCGAAAUGAUCUUCAAAGAUGUCGAGUCUCCGUUAAAAUGGCAGACAAGGGUCGUGUCGUGCUUCCCUACUGGUCACACCUAUGCCGUAGGCAGUAUAGAGGGGCGUGUGGCUAUACAGUACCCGAAAGAGAUCGACGACAAAAAGAAUUACUCCUUCAAAUGCCAUCGAUACGACAUACCCAGCGGAAGCAUGCCAGGCACUCCAGCUGUCUUUAAUACUGCCACGAGUCAGAACUCUCAGAAUGUCUUUGCUGUCAACACCAUUACCUUUCACAAAGUUCAUGGAACAUUUUGUACAGGUGGGAGCGAUGGAAGCAUCACUUUCUGGGAUGGUAUCGGACGCACAAAAGUCAAGGCCUUCACACUUAAAGAGCUCAACAAUGGAGACUCUGAUGCUAGGCCGCCACAAUGGGGCACGCCUGUCGUUUCUACCGCUUUCAACCACAAUCAAGAGAUCUUUGCCUAUGCUUUGUCUUACGAUUGGGCCAAAGGACACGGCGGUGCUCCGCCCCCUGGACAGAACCCAACAAAAGUCAUGCUGCAUUCCGUCAAACCGGAUGAAGUUAGGAAAAAGGACAAGCUGGGAAGGUAGGGGCAGAUGAAGUAUCCGAUUACAAGGGAUCGGCACGAGCCAAGGUCUGCUGGUCGACCUUUGCGAGACGAAGCGUUCAACAGCAGAGACGAGCAUAAUAUGAUGUAUAGCAUUGACGACAAAAUCACCACU